GGUCGUAAGAGCGCAAUGCCGAGCGUGGACCUACCAAAAAAACAGGAGGAAUGGGCGGCUUGCAGUUCAAACAUGGCAGCGGCGACGAGUGUUGUGGUGCUCGACCGGGGCAAUAACACGACCUGCACCAUCAACCUGCACGGUGCUACCGUCGUCUCGUGGCGCGUCAACAACCAGGAGCAGCUUUUCGUCAGCAAGCAAGCUGUCUUCGACGGCAAGAAAGCCAUCAGGGGCGGCAUUCCCUUUGUCUUCCCUCAAUUCGGAGAAUGGAACUACGGGCCGCAGCACGGCUUUGCCAGGAUCACACGUUGGAACGUGGAAAAGGCUCCGGAGCGGAUGCCCAGCGGAGAUGUCGAGGCCAUUUUCUCGCUGAUGGACAACGAGUUCACCAGAUCCAUGUGGUCUUACCCAUUCCGGUUGACAUACCGGCUGAUCCUGCGUGAGAAGGAGUUGCAUUUCAACAUUGGGAUCUACAACCCGAGCAAGGACCUUACAUUCAGCUUCAAUCUGUUGCUGCACACCUACUUCAAAGUGCCAGACGUCCGCAGAUGCCAGAUCACCGGCCUUCAUGGCUGUACUUUUAUUGAUAAGACCAGGGACGGUGCUAUGUUCCAAGAGGCCAGGGACGUUGUUACCAUCGGCGAGUGGACCGAUCGCAUUUACCAGAAUACGCCACAGGAGCACAUCAUCACCAAUGUUGUGUCUGGACGGAAAAUGAGGAUACAGAAGUACAACUUCCCUGAUACAGUUGUUUGGAAUCCCUGGAUUGAAAAGGCCAAGGAGACGCCAGACUUUGGAGACGACGAGUACCCGAACAUGGUGUGCGUCGAGUCAGGCCACGUGAGCAGUCCGGUGAUUCUGCUGCCGGGGACAGCCUUCGAGGCCAGCCAGAUCCUGCAGGUAAUGUGAGCGGAGGGGCCGCGACGUGGUGGCAUUCCGGCCGCUGGUCCGGCCCCUCGAGGGGUCCGGGUGCAGCCGCUGGCCGCCCCCGCGCCGCCAGAGCCCACCCCCGCAGCUCCUGCCGCCCCAGGCUACGGCUGGCUAGCCCUCAACUCGAUCUACUCGGAAAUGUUUGUGCCUGGAGCACCCACGCCGAGGCGGUUCCUUCUCGAAGGAGCAGCUGCGGCCGCCCUCCACUCUAAAGACGAACCUUGCAACCAGCCAGCCAGCUGCAGCAUCUGUUCCCUCAACCUCUAACACACCUUUCAGCGGUCAGAUCCACUUUCGUCGCGCGAACCAAGCCACCUGCCGUUUGCUUAAGUUUAAUCGUAUAGUGAUUUUUGGCAAAUUAAAUUUCGAAAUUGGAAAUCCUCAAAACACCUCCUGUAAAAUCAUGGCUCAGGGAAACCGUUUUGUUCAAUUCUAUUGUAAUUGGGAGACUUUUAUUUAAUAUUUUUGGUAAAGAGAGCAGGUGGUUAACUAGCACGAUUUUUUUCCCACUCUCAAUGGCAAGGAAUUUUUGAUAAAAAUAUUGUGUGCUUCCUACUGUUGUGUUUUCCUCACUUAUAUUCAAAUUAAGCAAUUACAUACACACUUUGUUGUACUACUAUGAUACUAAUAACGGUUAAGCCACCACAGCCAAAGGUUUGUUGUUUCUCGGAAGGAAUUGUGAAAUGACUGAUGUUUGUAAAGUGAAAAGAAAGAGAGAGCUACUAUUUGAUUAUAAUUUAUGAUGUUUUUACGCGGAGUAAUUUAUUUUGUGUUUCUCUUAAGCCAGUUUUGUGCCACUACUUUUGUGAAGAAGAAGAAUUUUAUAAAAUAUUCCUACUAUUACUGUUUAUUAUAUUAAUUUGAUGAGUUCAUCGAUCUCGAAAUUCAGUUCCCUGCGCACAAGUCUUGUUAAUUAAUUCUUCGAGCUAAAAACUUAUACUAACAACACCCAUUCCAGUUGAACUAUUGUCAAAUUUACUCAACUCACACAUUAUUGCAUUUUUUUUUUCAAAUUAAUUAUUAUGAUUCAUUUUUUGUACACUGCUUUUCUUUAAUGCACAAGAGCGAUUAUGAGAACAGUUUGUAAUAAGUCUUGCUCAUAAGUGUUUUAAAUAGUUAGAAGGAGAACAGAAAAUUAUGUGACCGUGACUGCUCAAUCGUCACCCCAUAGGUAGACAUUCACGCGCACACCAAUUGCCAAAAUCUGGAUCAACAAUUGAUUUUAGCAUAAUUAUGCAAUAAGCGUCGUGUCUAUUUGUUGUUCUGUCUAGCAAUACGGUUUGGCCGCGCAUUUCAGUGUUAUGGUUUAAAUGUGAAAAUGUAUGACAAGGAUAAUGACUAUUAAGAAAGAAAUAAUAAUUAGGGUAAGGUUUAGCCUCAGGUCUCUGGCUUAAUCUGAAAAUAUUGAUAGCUAAAAAAAAAUGGUAAAAUGGAAAGCCAGAGGCCCGAAAUUCUAGUUAGCCAAGUUAGUUUGUUAGUCCGUUGUUGAAUUACUACUCUUUGAUGUUCUUAACAAUUCAAUCCAUCGAUGUGUAUUUGCGCUUCUCCACUUCUGCUUAACCUCCAAAUACAUAUAAUUAUUAUAAAUUCCAGACUAUUACAUUAAUCGCUGUCCGCUGGAUUCAAAAAGCAGUUAGAAUGCUAGAAAAGCCGAGAGUGCUCCUUUCAGAAUGUGUAUGGGCACUGCCUUAUGAGAAAUCGUAUACGACAAUUUUAUUAUUGUUUCUGAUUGAAUUUGAUUCGUCCUCCAACUAUUUGUGACAGCGAAAAUGGUUGAACUAUUUGGAGGAAAUUCGAAUCCGCUUGGAAAUGAAAACUCUCGAGAAAGUGAAUUUAGCACAUUGGUAGAAUAGUUCAUGUGAUACUCGCGGAAUAUCUCUUUGAGCAAUAUAUUGAAGCCACCCACCAUCAAGGAAAUUUGAAAAAUUUGUUACCAGUUGAUUUACACACGAGACCAAAAAUGUUUUCCAACCAGAAAAAGCAUAAAUUGCUUAGGCGAAAAAGAAAAACUGAAUUGAAUCUUGUUCAUCAUGGGAGUGGUGCAAUAAAAUAUACUUGAAAACCA